GAUCUCUGGCUAUAUAAGCACCUGUCCUGGCUGUACUGUACUCGCAUCUCUCACUUUCUCUCCCACAUCCACACACACACACACUCACUUUCACUCACUCGCAGGCAGUGGGAACCGAGCUCUCUGCAGCAAGUGAAGGACAGCACUUCAGUGAUCCCGCUAAACAUGAGUUACACCAGCGACAUGUUCUCCAGUAGUUCCUAUCGGAAGAUCUUUGGGGACGCCCCGCGAGCCUCUGGGCGCAUUUCUUUGAGCAGCAGCCCGUCCCGCCUCCAAGCGGGAUACCGCUCUGUCUCACAGCACCGUAGCUACGGCUCACCAUCCUCCAUGCUGUCCACCAGCUACCGCAGCAAGCUGGGUUCCGGCCGCAGCUUCUCGUCCUUGCCGGACCCCACCGUCGACCUGUCGCAAUCCACUGCUAUCACCAACGAGCUGAAGAUCAUCCGCACCAAUGAAAAGGAACAACUACAAGGCCUAAACGACCGCUUUGUCACCUUCAUUGAGAAGGUGCAUAAUCUGGAGCAGCAAAACAAGGUGCUUGAAGCGGAGGUUACCUUGCUGCGCCAGCGCCACUCCGAACCCUCGCGCCUGCAUGAUCUGUAUGAGCAGGAGAUCCGCGAACUGCGGGCGCGCGUGGAGGAGCUGACCCACGAGAAGAGCCAGAUGCACCUUGAUUGCGUGCAGAUGAAUGAGGCGCUGGAUCGCAUGAAGGAGAAGUUCGAGGAGGAGACGAAGCUCCGCGAGGAGGCGGAGAACACCCUGAAGGGGUACCGCAAGGACGUGGACGACGCUACGCUGUCAAGACUUGAGCUCGAGAAGAAAGUUGAAUCACUGCUGGAUGAGAUAGCUUUCCUCAGGAAAGUUCACGAGGAGGAACUGCAAGAGUUGCAGGCGUCCUUGCAAGCCACACAGGUUUCAGUGGAGAUGGACAUGACCAAACCAGACCUGGCAGUGGCUCUGAAGGAUAUCCGGGCCCAGUACGAAACGCUGUCCGCCAGGAACCAGCAGCAGGCUGAGGAGUGGUACCGCUCCAAGUUUGCCAGCGUGACGGAGGCUGCCGCACGCAACUCCGACGCCAUGAAGCAGACCAAGGAGGAGCUGAGCGAGUACCGAAGGCAGGUGCAGGCCCGCACCCUGGAAAUCGAGUCCCUCAGGGGUCACAACGAGGCCCUGGAGAGGCAGCUGGCUGAGAUGGAGGACCGCCACAGCGGAGAGAUCGCAGAGCUGCAGGAAACGAUCCAGCAGUUGGAAAAUGCUCUGCGUAACACCAAGGGUGAGAUGUCUCGCCACCUGCGUGAGUAUCAGGACCUCCUCAAUGUCAAGAUGGCCUUGGACAUCGAGAUUGCCGCCUACAGGAAGCUGUUGGAGGGAGAGGAGUGUCGUCUGAGCACAGUGGGUGGGGCGAUCCUGCAGUCAGGUUACUCUGGCUUCUCCUACUCAGCUGGCCGCUCCUACCCACUGGGCGCUUCCGCCCCCUACAGGAGGGUCGGCGCCAAGCCAGAGGAAACAGAGGAGGAAGAGGAGGAGGAAGAGAAGGAAGAGGAGGAAGAGGGAGAGGGAGAGGAAGAAGGAGGAGAAGAGGGAGAGGAGGGGGAGGAUCAAGAGGAAGGUGAUGAGGAAGGGGAGGAGGAAGAAGAGGAGGAGGAAGAGGAGGAGGAGCAGCCAAAGAAGGAUGAGAAGGACGAGAAGGACAAGAAGAAAGGAGCUGCUGGAACCGCUGGAACCAAGAACAGCAAGAGCUAAACUGCUUGCAUUAUGUUUUUCUUUUCAUACAAACCCACUCACUCACUCAUUCACUCACUCAGUCACUCCCCUUCCAUCUCUCUACGUCUCUGUCUUACACAGACAAACAUAUAUACAUACACACACAAAAACACACACACACACACAAACACUCUCACACACACAAUCUUGUCCCUCUGUUUUUCUGAGUAUCAUUGAUUAUAAGCAGUCCAUGUAUUCAAACUGGACCACAAUGGAUGUACAAUAUAAAUUUCAAAAAGCAAACCCACCAUAGGAAAGAAACAGUUGAUAAACAGUUUAAAUACAGAGCAUCUGGCUAGUUCAGCAAGAUGUAUCUUAUUGACAUAGCACACUGAUACACACCAAGUAUAACCAGUGAUAUUACCCAAACACAGCACAGAGAGACCAUCUCAGAGUGCAGGUCAAGUAUAGCAAUGGCAGGGCUCAGAGCAGACACAGAGGGAUUUCUGAAAGUCCAGACUGCUAAACAAGGAGAAGGCCUUGUCAGAGUAUCAGUCAGAUAAGAAUGCAUGGAUGGUCUUUCCUCAGAAUGUCCCACCUUUUUAUAUCAUUUCACUGUCAUUAUGGUUAAAAUGCAAUCAAUGUGAAGCAGACAGUGGGUUCUCCAUCGGUGGCACUCAGACUACAGAAUGCACAGAGAUUAGUGCAAAGUGACCAACUUGGCCUGGUCCAUUUUAAGGUGCUAUUUGAUAACAAGAAAACGGUUUGGAAAGCAUUGGAACCAAUACUUUGACAAACCAAUGUCAACAGUGUCUCUGGCUUUUAAAUCAAAGCAGAAAUAUAGAUUAGUUCUACUUUGUGAAGUUUCACAUGAUUGAGCAGGGCAACCAUCCAGACAGUGUAGAGAAAGUUUGUUCUGUGGGUUACAUUAGUAUAACAUACACAUGACACAAAUAAUAUGUAGUGGAUACUGACAUCUGUUAGAAAAGUGUGUUCUUCACUCCUCUCUCUUACUCAUUCACUUGAGAAAAAGGAAUAGAACAUUCCAUCCAUCACUCUCUUUCUCUCCAUCUCUCCACACUUUGAUAGAAAACACAAUGAUACGUGGCAAAGUUAGUGUUUAGGAGGUGUGGAAUGAUCCAUCCAUCUUUCCUUCGAUCCCUUGAUCUCUUCCAUUGCAAUGGCCCCAGCACGAUGAACAAGGCAAAGUUGAAUAAAAGAAUUAAACUGAGAAUUUUAGGGGGAGUGCUCUGCUGGUAGAGUUAGGAGUAGGAGGCGUCACACUGCAGCUCCGCACUGCAGAGGAACUCUUCUGGGAAUGAAAAUGUAGAAACUAAUACAAGACUGCUGCUAUUUAUUGUACUGUACCUUUUUUGUUUGAAAACAAGACUGCCUCUCGAUUGAUUAAUUUAUCUUUAAGUGGAUGUGCAAUUAUGUGUCUUAAUGUGCAUUGACCAGUUCCGCUUUCUCAGUCAGAGGGGGGAAAGGUGUUGCCAUGAUGUCUCUGCCUGGUUCGCCAUCAGUAUGGUACGGAGAGCUCAGGCAAACAUGGUCUGGUGGGUGUGGCCUCACAGAACUGCCCAGCAGCGCUCCUAGAUCAGUCCUGUGGAAUGAUUGGCUCGGGCUCAAGACAUACGGCAUUCCUGCUGAGAGACUAUAGGUCUGACGGGUAGGGUUUUUCAGUACAGCCUGCUCUGGACAGGGUAAAGGUCAGCUGGACUAGGACAGCUGGGUCUGACAGCGACAGCCCUCCACUCAAGGCUGCAGGCGACAGCAGUGCAGACACUGUGGUGUGAUGGGCUUAGGGUGCAGUGGCGCAGAUAAGGGCUAUUUUCACCAUCCUCCCUCGCUACAGGGAAUUCUGCACUGCUUCACUAAUGGUGUGUACUCUGUACUGUGAAUGGGCAUUGAAAAAAAUAUGGUAGAGGGACUGCAUAAAUGUGAAUUCUGCAGACAGCACUGUUUGGAGUUUAGUGCACUGUGAAAUCUGAACAGAUUGCAGGAACCCACACAAAAACGGACAGGUUAGGAUAGAGUAAAUUACCAUAGGGUUUGGCCAAUAAACUAUAGUGUCCUAUUGUUAAUUGCUCUAUCCCAUCAAGACUUGUUGCUAGCUUAACCCGAGAGACAACAGUGUGAAGGGAGGGACCAGGACUGAAUCACAGGAGGCUGGAGCAACCUAGUGGCUUUAGUCUAACUCUCUUUCUUUCCGUCUGACUUUCACUGAUGAAUAAACCAAUCGACAGGCAGUGAUUGCAUGGCCUGAUUCUUGGAGCUUGAAAACACGAGGGGUUGGGAUGGAAAUUGCUUGUUGGGUGUAAAAAUGUAGUUGCCUUAACCAUGAACUAAAAUAAAGAAAAGCAACCUUUCACGCACAUUUUCACAUGAUCAGAGGUGUUGCAGAACUGCUGACACUUACUGUUCAACUACUGUGACUGUAUGUACUGCGAACUCAUGCAGUGGUAUUCCCCCUAAAGCCAAAUAAAGCCAUUUAUUAAC